AUGAAGACUAAUGGUCUGCACAUAGUGCAAAACCAUAUAGGUUUUAAUUGGGACUUAAUUAAAUCUGAUGUUUUAUCUAGUUUAUGUUUUAAUAACACUGUCAAUUUAGAUCAUUAUUUUGUAGGCCAAAAUAAUAUAUCAGAACUAUGGUUUCAAAAAACAAUUGAUAGUUUAUCCCGAGGUUUUGUACGAAUGGUUUCUACAGAGAUGCAGAUCUAUGCAACUAGUCGUUCUACUGGAAGGUAUUCAUUUUUCAUUUCUGAUUGUAUGGGUGAGAAUUUAUACAAAUUUGAUCCCUACAAGAGAUCUACAAUGCUAAGAGAUUUUUUACUAAAUACAUUGACAAAUUCUCUAAAAUAUUCAAAUAUACACAAGUCAAAUAAAUCUCAAUAUAAAUGUAAUUCCCCUACUAAUAAUUUUUCAAAUAUUGUAAAGAAUAUAUUACAAAAUAAUGUAGAUAUGGAUUGCUCUAUUAUACUAUGGUGUAUAUUACCACCUAUAUCAUCUAGGAUAAUAAAAAGUACAGAUAAUAAUACUUUUCAACAAAUGUUAGAAUGUAUAAUUAAGCUAUGUCAAUUUGAAAUGGAAAAGUUAUUAGUAAAUUUUUGUAAUAUAGAUGUAAAUAUAAUAUUUCUAUUACACUUCCGGGAUACCUUAAAAAAGUUGGAUCUAAAAUUAGAAUUCCCAAUAGCUGUAAUUUCUAAUGAAAGUAGUCAAGUUAAGGUAACAUGUUUAGACUCAGAAAAAAUAAUAGAUUUUAUGGACAUUAUAAUAUGUAAAUGCUUUAACUUGGUACCUUUAGAAAUUGGAUAUUUUCCAUUAUAUAAUAUGAAAAACAAUAAUUCUAUAACUGCCAACUUUUUUAUUAAUAAAAAUGGGAGUUUCCAAUAUAUACUAGAUUGUAUGUCUAAUAAUAAAACACUCUGUAUUAGUAAUAAUGCUAAGAGUAAUAUUAAAGAAUUACCUAAUAUUGAAUCUGAAGAAUUGCAAAUUUCAAAAUUAUAUGAAAAUAAUAGUGAAAAAAGUAAUUGUGAAAUUUAUAUCUCUGAUUCUGAAGAAGGAGAAAUAAUGGAUGAGUGUGAAUUGAACUUAGUUAUUUAUCAGGAAGACUUUAAUAUAAAUGGUUGGAAUAAGAUCAUUCCUGUUAUAAAAUUAGAUUUACUUGGUGAAAUUAAUAACCAUUGGCAACCAAUAUCUACUGAUUGGAUACCUUUGGCUAAUCCUAUAGGAAAAAAUUCAUCUUUUUUAUUAAGUGCAAUACGAAAUCACUUAAAUUCUAAUGGUUUAGUCUUAGGAUAUGGUGGAAUUCCAUUAGCUGUUUUAUUGCAUUCUAUCAAUUCAGUAACAUAUAAUAAUUCUAAAUCAAAUAUUAUUCUAAAUAAGUCUUUAUCACCAUUUACUUUGGCUAUUUUGGAUAGAAAUCCCAGUAUAAUUACUUCAUUAUCUAGAUUUCUAAUAUGUGAAUAUAAAAUACAUAAUGCCUGUAAAGUAUAUUCAGAAGAAUUAAAUAAUCCAAAUAUUAUUGGUGCUAUUUCAUGUUUCCUGGAAUUAUUUAAACAAUUUAAAAUUUCUUUACCACUUGAAAUUGUAAGAGAAUCUGGGUAUACUUUUCAUCCACAAAUUUCAAUUCAUAAAGAUGAAAUGGUUAAUUUAGAAUAUAAACUAAGUUUAAGAGAAUCUAUGAUUAGGAUAAAACAAAAUAAUUCUUUGUGCUGUCAUCUUGAUUCACUUUUAAAUAUAAUGCCCAUAUUAUUAAGUGAAAUACAUUCAGAUAAUAAAAUAGAUAUAGAUAAAGAAAUGGAAUUCCAAUUAAAGCAGGAGACUGAAUUAUUGAAUAAAAUAGACUUUAAUAGAAAGGCAAUAAUUCAUAUUAUGUACCCAAUUUUACGUAGAACAUCUACUAUGGAGUUUUUAAAGUCAAAUCCAUUAGAGGGGUAUUCAUGGAAAUCAAAUAUUAUAUCUCAAACUUUAGCAUUAGAACAAUGUGAAGACUUUUUAUCAAUGUUUCUUGGAUAUCAAGUCUUUAAAGGUAAGGUUAUUGGUCCAGAUAAUAUUGAAGAAAGUACUAUUGAGUGGUUUUUAAAUAAUUACCAUUAUUCAAAAAAAUAUAUUCCUUCUUUUAUUUGGGAGACUUUAUUGAAAUUAUUAUACUCUCUUCGACAUGUUUCAAGACAGCAUAAAAGACUACUUUAUAUUAUUAAUCAUGGCAAAGAUGUACAGAUUUCCGAUCAUUUAAGCAUAAACAGGAAUGUAGAAGAACAAAUACCGUCUGAGUAUUCUAAGGUAUUACAAACAAUUAAACAUAAUUCAGCUUCAGAAUCACUAUAUAUAUGUGAUUUAUCUCUAUAUCAACAUGAAAAAGUGACAUAUUAUACAUCUAAUAUAUCAAACAGAUUAUUUGAUGGCGAGUAG